UUCGUUUCAACGGUUUUGAACAUCCUGUAAUUUUGUACGCGGUGUGCUGCAGUAUGAAGAGCGAUGAGCUAGUUAAAGGUGUGUAGGUCGAAGGAUUUGUUAGGAUGUGGGAAUAAUUUGUAACUAUGGAGCUUGCAGCAUUAUUCAGUAAAACUUGUAGGCUGUGUUGCAUGACGAACUGCGAAAGCUUUAACGUGAAUUCCCUAUUUGGAGGGACAGAUGGAAGGUCACUGGCAGCAAAAAUCGCCAUAAUCACCGGAAUGAAGCUCGAACCUGAAGAUGGACUGCCUCCAGUGGCAUGCAAGAAAUGUACUCAACUAGUUAACAGAGUAGUAAAGUUCAUAGAGAUCUGCCACUUGUCAAAUAAGAUCCUUACAUAUUUGUUCCAGAAAUUCCAUAACAGUCUACUCGAUCUACCUCCGAGUAACAGGGAUCAAGCAUCUGUUUCAUAUCAUACACCUGAUCCUUCCAGUGUCAUUCAAACUUCUCUUCCAGAGAAUUUUGCUUCAGACUUCAAAGUUAGAACCCAGUCCAGCACAGUUAUGCUAAAUAGCCUUGUGGGUCAGUACACUGACAUUUCCCAACUUUCACCAGCAACCAAUGUUACAGCUGUAAAUAAUUCACUGACUAGUUCAGAAGGAAAAGCAUCUGUUUUACAGCCUCAUGAUAGCACUAGUUCUGCAUGCCAGAUAACACCAACACAUGGACCAGAAGAAGAUAGAACCCACGAAAAUGACAAUCAAACUGGUCAGUCAAGAAGUUCAGAUAACACUGCCACUAAUGUUCUAUCUCCUUCAUGCUACGUAAUUCAUCAGUCAGUAUCAAGCAACAGUAAUGAUCUUCACCAUAAACCAGAAGCUAGAUCCUCUGGAAGUACUCCUAGAACAAUGGAGAAUUCCUUGUCCACCACUGUCUUACAAGACACAGCUAAGGCUAACCCAUCAAAGAAUGUGCAAGAGAAAUGCCAGGAUGAAUCAGUACAAGAACUCUUCAGCUCUACUUCAGUGUUCCCUGAACCUGGUCAUGCAGUUAAAACUAUGAACAGAAUGCACUCCUCUGUUUGUCUGCUUGACAGUAGUUCUGAAGCUUCUGAAAAAGAUGUUAAUAAAUUAGACACCAGCAUUUCCAAGAUGUUGGGUGGAACAUAUGAUUGCAGAGUGAAUGUUUAUAACAGAAAUAAUGCAAUUCAGAAGCCACAUUUGAAUUACUUGACUCGAGUAUGUAAGUCCCUCAGUAAUACUAAGAAUGAUAAACAGGUCUGCAGUUCUGAGGAUGAAAAAAACAACUUAAUUUGUGGCCAAGUUAGAGUACAUGAUGUAGUAAGUAGAUCAGUCCACAAUUCUGAAAAUAAUGCCACAGUGGCCAGAUGUACACAGGCACUGCAAACACGGAAUGAGAGGGACACUGUCUCAGAAACAACAGCAGACCUAAAAAAUCAGUUAUGUGCCACAACAGUUGUAGAGAAUGCAACACUUCUAACUGUUAAAGUCAUCAAUUCUGUAACAGAUUCAUCUUCUAAGCCCACUGCUAGUACAGACUUUUCCCAUGAAUCUGAAUCUCUAUUGCCCAGUGCUGGUAUUCAGCCUUUUGAAGAGUUUACAGACUGUGUUACACAUGAUAUGCAAAAAGCUAAUCGGUGCUCUUAUACUGCACCAAAUAAUAUAGCAAAUGUCAGUACUUGUGCUUUAAAAGAGGGGAGGGUGCCACUGCCAGAAGUAGACAGAAAUCUGUCUAAAAUUGAAGCCCCGCCUAACAUUCCACAACAUACAAGUAGUACAUGUUCGAUACCUCCACUUCAAUCAGUGCCAGUACCAGAACCAUGGCAACAGUUGCAUGGCAUCCACAGAUAUAUAUCUAAAAGUGUAGGUCCAAUUCCUAAUGUUAAUAAUAAAAAUGCACCGCUAAUUUCAGGUCUGGGUAGUUCAUAUAAUAGAGAAUAUCCUGUUAUCAAGAUGAAAGUAGCUCCACAACAGCAGAUUCGCAACAAAACACCACUCCACAAAGUUGAAACAUCUCCAACCAUAACAGAAAUUCCAGCCUCCACAAGCAAAAUGCUGCUAAGACCUUCAGAGAUUAGUGAGAUAGUUAGAACCAUUGGUUCAAAACUUGGAGUGUUCCUUGAAAAUGACGAUAUUCAUGGAAACGCAUCACAAGUUACUGUGUAUUCAGUGCCAGAAACAGUACCCAGUUGUGUAACGCCUGAAAGCAAUAUCCCACAACACAGAAGGAACCUUUCACAGCCUUAUCAGACUUCAGAUUCUGCAACACUACAAGCUGAAAGGAAUGUCAUGUGCAGUACAGGGCAGAGAGUCCAGGUUCCCAUGUCAAAUACAUAUCAGAAUCGGCUGUACAGAAAUAUUAAUAAUCAACCACAGACUUCAUUGCCAUUGUCCCAAACACAGAUUCCACAAGUUAUGUCAUGUAAUGCUUACAGAACUCUGACUUAUGUACCAAAUAAUUUCCAGGGAAGUCCUUUAGGACAUGCUAGUUGUGUGAGUAAAUCCACAGAACAGAGUGAGAGAGUUUCAGAAGAGCAGUGUUCAGGUAAAGCAAAACGAAGGAAGUCUGGCCCACCAAACAAAUCAUCUACAUCAAAACAGAAUGUGAAAAAACCUGAAUUUGGUUGCCUAUUUAACAAAAACUUACAAAGCCUCAUGGCUUCAAUAAAAGUAGCAUUUCCAAAUGCAAUAAUGAUUCCAACCCAGGAAGAACUUCAAAGUAUAAUGAGAAGUGCAAAUCAGGAAAAUCAGCUAGGUGUGUUAGAAAUGAAAGAAUCUCAGUUUAUUGAAACAACAAAGAAAUCUGCCAGAAAACGACAGUGUAAUGAGUCAUCAGGAGCAGAGAAGAAUGAAACACAGCAAGAUGAUGUUUGUCCUAAAGUACUGUCUGGAAAAAGAAAAAGGCUGAAUAAACUCCACAGUUUCAGUAUCAAAAUUACUAAGACCAAUGGGAAAUACAGAAGUUCUUCAGUACAGAAAUAUUCUCAGCAUCUCUGUCAUAAUCCUCACUCCCUUUCAACCCCAGAAAAUAGCCAGUUACAAAAUGCUGCACGUGAAAUCAGACCAUACAUAAGAAUAUCCCAACUCAGACCUUAUCAACUUGCUCCGUUUGUCAGUAUUAAGAGAUUAAAGUCAUUCUUUGUACCAAAUGUAACUUACAAACUUACUGAUAUAAAUGUCAUUAACCUCUUGGAUGAAAUAUGAUAUGAAGAAAAUAACCACUUUUUAGCUUUAUUGAGGGUAACUUGUAUGUAAGUACAUAACUAAGAAAAGAAAGAGCGCUUGCCAGAAGGAGCCAGGAAAUGAGGUUUAAAUCCUUAUAGUAGAGGAAUCGCUGAAAGUAAAUAGAGAAUGGAACAAUCUGAGAGCAAAACUUGAAGCCCAAAUUGGAAAACAGAUUCUUCCAUAGAGGUAGAAUAUAUCAUAGUCCUAUUAAGAGACAUACAUUUUGGCAGUCAGAGCUCCAAUACACUUCUCUGUAAAAUAAACACUGGUUCAGUGAAUUAUGUGAUUAUCAGUAGAGGAAAGUAAGAGAUAAAUAUAACAGGAAAGAACUGCUUAAUCUUUUGACUGUAUGAACAUUUAUUAGCUGACCGACUCAUCAGGAUUU